UUGAACUCUUUAUGCUUGACUUAAAAGUUAAUCAACUGUUAAAAUCCAAGACACCCCUCCUGUCCAAGUUUUAAUUUAAAUUCCCUUACAGCAGAUGAAUGUAUCUACAUUAGACCCAAUUUAUCAUGUAGAAACUGUAAUGUAACAAGGUGGCAGAAACUCUGCAAACUUCGCACAUUUGUCCUUCAUGUGUUCACCCAUAAUAAUGCCUCAGAAUAAUAAUGGUAGUGAAGAUGUAACUUUUUUCUCUGUAGGUUGUAUGUAUACAGUGCUCUGCAGCAAUCAUAUCUUUUGUUUUGCAGACAUCCCCAAACCAAGUGUCUUAAACAGAAUUGAAUUUCACUGUAUUUUUUCCACAUCGGUCUCCCAGUGUUUCCUACAUACGCUGCAUCAAAAACACCAGGACAGUAAUACCUCUCUUCCUUAUAGAGUCUUACAUGAAUUAAUUCAAGUUCUAAUCUAGCUAAAUGCUCCUGAAUAUAUACAAUGCACAUUUCAUUGUUAAAAAUACAGUCUAUUUUUGAAGUGGCACCAACAUUUUAAUAUUUCAAGAAGUAGUUAAAAUAACAAAAGUGAUUAAUUUUAAUCCCAUAUCCCAGACGUUUGGAGACAGAGCCCUUUAUCCAGCCUCCUGGAUAAUUCCUCUUUUUGUGGCCUUUUCUACAAUUGGAUCUGCCAAUGGGGUAUGUUUUACUGCAGGCAGGUAAGCUUCCAUUCCAAAUAUCUUAAUUUUCUUUUUAUUUCCAAGAGUGAAACAAAAUAAUGUAUUUAUAUUCAACCAGAAUAAAUAUAGAGAGAAAACAACUGUGAAGUACUAGCAAAUCUAGCUGCAGUGUAUUUUGCAAAAAGAAGCAAUCGCUAUACAGAUUUGAAAAAACCUCCUCAUUUCAAAGUAGGUAGAGCUUUUUUUUUCUGGCUGAAUUUAAAGCUAAUCAUUAAGCAAACAAGAAAAGACUAAGAAUUAGAACGUGACUACAGAAUUAACAGUCAAAAUAAGAACUUGAAAAAGUAGCUGUUCCUUUAGAUCUAUUGCUCAACAUUGCUAUUUACUGUUUUCUAAAAAAUGAAUACUACCUGAACACAAUAGGAUUGUACAGACUUUAAGAGAAGGCUGUCAAGGUAGUUCUUUGAUAUAGAAAAAAAUUAGAACAAAUACUCUUUAAUAAAAGACACAGCCACUUCAUUUUUUUUCCAAAACAAUCCCAGAUAAAUGAAAUGUGAAACUAAUGACUAAAAACAGAUUUAGUUUCAAGUUCUGUGCAUUAAUAUCAGUUAUUUCCACUAUUUCAGUUAACUGCAAUGUUCCCUAAGUACCACUGUAUAUUAAAGGAAACAGUGAUGCACACUAGAGGAAAUUCAAUUCAGAUGCAGCUGCACAAUAAAAACAAAUCUUAAGAUCAAUGACUUGUUUAUGUAGCAGGCCGUGAAGGGCACAUGCUAAAGGUGCUCUCUUACAUCAGUGUUAAGUGCUUAACGCCAGCGCAUGCUAUCAUAUUUUAUGGGGCUACUACUAUUAUUUAUAUUAUCUCUGGUGACAUUAACACACUCGUAAACUAUUUUAGUUUUGCGGUCUGGAUAUUUUACGGUUUAAGUGUAUUUGGACUUAUUGUUAUGAGGUUUAAAAGAAAAGAACUCAAGAGACCAAUCAGGAUACCUAUGGUCAUUCCAGUUAUAGUGACAUUAACAUCCAUUUUAUUGGUACUGGCACCAAUCAUCACCACAGCUGAACUGGCCUAUUUGUACUGUGUUUUAUUUAUACUAAGUGGACUUAUAUUUUAUGUACUUUUCGUUCAUUACAAGUUCAAGUGGUCUCAAAAAAUAUCAGAGCCAAUCACUAUGCACCUUCAGAUGCUUUUGGAAGUUGUUCCACCAGAGGAAGUUGCUGAAUAAAAUAUUUUGUGUGAGAUGACGUGUUUUUAAGUGCUACAUCAGUUGAAGGAGAUUCCAUUCAGUUUGGGGCACACUUAAACUUUCUGAAUUGCUAUGUUCAUACUAGUGGGCAGCAUUUUUGCAACGCUACUUAGUAUGUGAAGUAGAUUAAAUUUAAGAAUAAAAAGAUUUCUAAGCCAAAUUAGUACACAGCAAAGCAUUUUUCAUUGUUUGCCAACACGUUAAGCUUGUCUUUCUCUUCUGCACUAGUAUCACUUAAAAUAAGGACUUCUCAAUUAAAAUGAUGGUAAAAACUUACCUGUAGCAUUUGGUCAGAACCCCUCUCUUCUUCCUGCUGAAAGAACAGAUAAGUACAGACAACAGCUCAUUUGCAGCAACAGCUACAACAAGACAUACAAAAACAGGAGAGACAAAAGCCAGACUACCUUUAGUUUCUCAGACCAGCGUUUACUGAUCACCAAAAAGUCGAAGAUUGAGGAAGACAUCAAUUAAGACUUAAUUUCUCAGGAGAGUUUUCUCCUAUGCUAUCUAAGGAAUAGAACACCAAGUAAAUGCAACAGAAGCUAUCCCUCAGCAUGAACGUGACUUGACUUAAUAGGACUAACUUCACCAUUCUAGAAAUGCUCCCUUUGGUAGCUGCCAAAGACGAAAUUGAAAAAAUAGAUACCACAUCUAUAUAUGUGAGUAUGCAGCUUUCAGUUUCUCUGGUCAAGAAACAGAUGGCUUUUUGGUUAAUCAUCUCCUUUACUUACUAUAUACCCUCACAGUAAAUAGAUAAAGAAUUUUCUUAAGUAAUUUGUCAAUAUUUUUAAGUGAUUACUUUAAAAAAGACUGUUCAAAAUACUGAAAGGUAAGUCCUCAACUUUUAAGUACACUAUUUUAAAUAAAUAACACAACAAUGCUAAACAAACGGCUUAAUGACAGAAGUUCAUACUAAUGAUAACCUAGUGAAUUCAACUAAGGAAGCUUUUUCUAUCAUACCGAAGCUACAAAGAAAUGAACAAAAAUCUUAUAUUCCUACAUAUCUCACUUUGCAUUUACCUACAUGGAUGAACAACCCCAAAAGUACAUAUAAUUCAAUGAGUAACUUGGAGGAGACUUUGUGGUCAUGAAAAUAUCUCUAUGCAGUCAGGGCAGUCAGUCAGGGCAGAACAAACACAAAAAAAGCUCAAAAAUGACCAAGGAAAGCAAUGGGUAGCAAAAUAAAAUUCUCAUUCCAUUACAUAUGAAACAUAUACCAAAUACUGUGUUUUGUCCUACUCACACUGCUACUACUGCCUCUCUUAGUUGAGGAAAAUAUGACUUCAAAUGAAUGAACUAUAAAGUUCAGAGAAGAAUCAAAAAUACUUUUUUUUUUUUUUUUU